AUGGACGUUGACCAGUUUGGACAGGAGGGUUCCGAGGAGGGCCCAUCAGUCUCCCAAUUUCUCUCGGACGACGAUGUCUCUGCCAAAGGGGCCAUCGUUUUUUCCGGUCUCGACGAACCUGUUAAAUUUGUGACUGUGGGUAGGGUGCCCGCAGAGAAGCAAAUUCUUCGAAUAUUUUCCUCAGCAUGGCAGCUUAAACCACCGACACUAGUUAUUAGUGUCCAUGGCUCUUACGCUAACUUGAAGAAAAGGUUCAACUUCACUAUGAAGAAAGGUCUAUGGAAAACCAUGGAAAGCGUGGGUUGUUGGAUAAUUGGCGAUGCUUUGGAUAGAGGAAUAGGUAAAAUUGCCGGCGAAGCGGUGACAGAGUACGUGGAGGCCUACGGAGGGGAAAAGAUGCUCGCAAUUGGUGUCACACCCAUGAAUAGUCUGAAAUUCAAACACAUCUUCAAUACCAACGCCUCUACAAUUUACUAUCCAAGUGAAGAAGACGAGACUUUGACUGAUCCUUCAAUGACGUUGGUGCAAAAAUACUGUGCAAAACGCUUCCACAUCGAUAAAAACUACAGCUACCUCGUUAUGGUCUCUGCUCCAUCGGAUUCAGGCAAACAGAAGGACCGAAAUAGCCCCACAACGAACAGCCAGACAUGGAUAAUUACGGAGAAUGAGCAAAUUAUCAGAACAAGAGUCGCUGUUGAACAAAUGGUGAUUGGUUGGCGAAAUUCAAAAGAAGGAAAAUUCCACAGUUCCGUAAUUGCGGCCUCUAAGUCAACACACACCACACAGCGGAUGCUCUCGGACACCGUCCCGGGGCUGCCUCCAAUGCGACCCAAGUUCAAAGCCACAGUUGAACCGCCUUCACCUCCACUGCCACAGACUUCAACGGUCCGUUCUACGGAAAAACUGCUCACGUCUCCUCUCGACGCCUCACCUUCAGCCCGCCAGGGGGAAUGCUCCCUUAACUUCUUUGCUACGGCUGAACGACGACGCUCCAUUGGAAUGUUUCCCGUUCCGGUCACCCUUUUCUGUCUCCAAAAAGAUGACACUAUAUGUAAUCGGAGCAGAGAGCUAACUAAUGCGAUCGCAAGUAUCUUAAAGGCGACCGACGAGCAGGACCUUGGGGCCUUCUACCUGAGAGAGAGGAAGCCCGCUGAACCGCUCAUUGUGAAGAGCGGUCGAGUUAGCAGUUCAGACGCAACUCCUCGAACCUCACAUCGAUCCUCAAGGGUCUCCUUUAAACUACCCAGUCCCCAGCUGCGCCAUCCUCAAGAAAUCACAACACUCAAUCUGGCCGACUACAUGGAUGAGGUGUUAAUUUUGCGCAAAAUGGUUGAGGAGCUCAAUCAUCUCGUGUCCGUUUUUGACUGCGAUGAAACCGACAUGGAUGGCUACGUGAUAUCUGCUCUUCUCAGUAGCGCCGGAUUGGAGACUCCGUUAAAUGUACUAAAUAUUGAACAGUUGGAGGUAACGAUUCGUCUAAAUCGGGCUGAUAUAGCCAAAGAGAAGAUAUUCACAGAAGGUCGUCAUUGGAAGGUUAGACAAUUUUCAGUGCGGCACGGAUUGGAUAACUUUAUGUUUGAGGCCAUACUGAAUGACCAAGAGGCAUUUGUGAGUUUGCUCGUGGAAAAUGGGUUCGAUUUGGAGGCCUUCUUGACUGUCCAUACUUUGGAGAAGUUAUACACAGCGAGUCUACUGAAGAAGGAUUCAAAGCUUGAAACAGUGCGUCGAAUCUGGGAAACAUAUCGCAUUUAUAAGAUGGAAUGGGUAAUGUUACGUGAUAUUGGGCGCAUGGUUAAGCAUCUUCUCGGGGAAUUCUACCGCCCGUACUAUUUGAGUAAGCACUUUCGGAAUAUGGUCAAGAGGGCCGUCGCUCGACACGAGGCAGAGGAAAAGGAAGUACCUAUCACUGAAAAUCCAUGGACAAGCAAAAAAGGCUCCUACUUUGCACCACUGAGCCCACUUCCCGGUAAGCAUCAGAAGCAGCCACCGGAGGUAAAAUUGAAUCCGCCACCACCGUCAGCAGCAGUAGUGGCAGCAUCAACAGAGUCAGUGAGCAGCACCACCAUUAUCUCUCCUGAAACAAACCGCAUUUCCGUGCCCCAAAACGGGAAACCUUCAGGGCUUUGUGUGCGCGGAAAUGGAAAGUAUAGAAGGGUUGGUGUCGUUGUGCCACUGGAAAACGGUCGCAAACAUGGCCCAUCUGGACACACAUGGAGAUGCGGUCAUGAUGGCAAUUACAAAAGGGCUGUCCGACGUUUCGUGGCCAAUAAUAGUAGGGAGCUGGCCACCGGUGAUGGAACUAUUUGGUCAAAGGCUCCAAUUUUUAGAGGGGAGGAUUUCGACGUGACACCUGGAUGCAAUGGCAAGUAUAGGUACCUUGGGAAAUGGUCAAGAGACCACAUGGAUAUAGCAACCCAGCGUUCAGGGUCGGAAAUGUCUGACUUGAAUAAGGAAGCGGGGGACAUGCUGGUAUCCGGGACUCGGGCGGACGAAAAAGGGGUGAAGGUGAGGACGAAGAUGGAGAGAGAGGAGGAGAAGGAGGAGGAAAAGCGAACAGAGGACUUCCAAUUGAUCAAUACAGACCCUCUCUCGACGACUUCUAUGGAUGAUACACUGUCGGCGCUGCGCAAAUCGAGUUUUGCAGGGCGUCACCGCGGCCACCACCGCAUUACCGUCUCAAAGCUCUCCGCCGCCGAGCGCUCCCGUCUCAUCUCCGCAGAAGCACGUCGGCGUGAGGCAGCUAAGGCGGAGGAGCGUGAGCGCAAACGUCGCCAUCGUCUAGCUCAGGAUAAGCGAACCCUCUACGAACGCAUCCGUGGUAUCAACAACCAAAGAAUGGAGCAGUGUGUACCCGAGAAACUGGCCAGUUUUGCGGCGAUGCAAAAGGUUCGACUCGAGCGCCCCGCCAGGGAAUUGAUGCUACUGUGUAUUUUGCUCGGAAAAUUGAAGCUUGCUGUUCUCUUUUGGGGUUAUGAAAAGGCAGGCUUUGCAUCUUGUUUCUUCUACAUAUUUAUACCAUUUUCCCCUGGCAUCUAUUAUUUAUAUGCAAAUGUGAAUAAUCUAGAACCAAUCGGUGGUGCAAUGUUUUGUACCCUACUUUUGGGCAAGCUCGCAGCCGUAUGUACAGACAUAUCUCAAAAAUUGGAGUUUGAACGCUAUGCAAGGAUCUUUGAGAGCAAGGCGGAGGAGGUGCUGGAGGCGUGCUACGCGGAGGAUAACCAGCGGGCGAGAAUGCUGCUCUACCGUAAGUUGCAGGAAUACGGCCACAGCGCUGUGAUUCGCCUAGCGGCCCGUGGCGGAUGCAUCCACUUCAUGUCUCACCCCUGCUGUCAGGACUUUCUUUCCGAGGUUUGGAUGGGCGAGCUCUCCUCCAAAACUACUACCUUUCAACUUCUAUGUGGUGCCGUAGUCGGUUUAGUCUUUCCCUUCAUCCUGCCUCAAGUAAUGACGUACUCCUGCAACGACACACAGAAAUCCCUCCUGGGCAUAGAUGAGACUAAUCCCAGUGAUACAGAAACAAGUGAAAGUAGCCGGGACAACACCACGUUUUCAGCUGACCUCGAGUGUUCGGAGGAUGGGAAAAGGCAUAAAUCUCCGCCAACACUACUGACAGCGUCUCGACACUGGCUCCAUCGACAAAUAAAGGAUAUCACACAAUAUUAUCAUGCACCUGUUACUCGAUUUCUCUACAAUACCAUAUUCUACGUUGCGUUUCUAAUUCUGUUCAGUAAUAUGAUCCUUCAAAACUUAAGAAUAUCCUACUCGAUUCAGGAAGGCCUCAUCUUUGCCAUGGUUUUGGCUUUGCUGCUGGAAGAACUUAAGCAAGCUUUCGGUCCAGGUGCCAGCCUGAAGGAAUAUCUGAGCGACGGAUGGAACAAGCUCGACUGCGCCGCUAUUGCCCUCUACCUCGGCGGCUUCGUGCUUCGCACUUUGGCUUACUUGCAAGUGCGCGACGUUAAUCUUGUAGAAGCUAAAAGACAGAUCAACCGAGACAAUGUAACCUGUUCAUCAGGCUUUCAUGAAAAUUCGAGCAAUCUGUUCGAUUGGGAUAUCACUUCAGGACUAGCAGUACAAGUAACCCAGCUUGAUCUUCGGGCGGAAGAGCUGACCAUCGACCAUCCCUACUUCCUCCUCGUCGAGGAGAGAUUCACUCUUGCUCGCAUCAUGUUUGCACUCAGUCUCUUCGCCUUUUUCGUCCGCCUAAUGUAUAUUUUCAGUUUUAGCAUUGUUCUCGGUCCAAAACUCAUCAUGAUAAAUCGCAUGGUAGUAAACGAUCUACUGCCGUUUCUGCUACUCUUAGUAGUGAUUCAGGCAGGAUAUGGCGUAUCAUCUUUUGUUGUUUCUUAUCCAAAUGGUUAUUAUACACACUACUCUCAAAAGACCCUGUCACUAAAUAUGACAAUGAAGCACAUGACGGGAGGGAAGAUCGUUUAUGAGUUCUUUAUGACCGCCUACUUUCAGAUGUUAGGCAACUUUGGACUUGAUAUUCUCGAGGGUGAAGACGGUAGUUGCAGAGAUGACGAUUUGUGCCCACAAUUUUCUUCAAGAAAGUUAUCCAUCAUCAGUCUAAGCUCCUUCAUAUUGCUGACGCAACUCCUAAUGUUAAAUCUACUUGUUGCAACAUUUACAUCUACCUAUUUUGAAAUAGAGGGAUCAUCAACGUACUUCUGGAGUUACCAGCGCUAUGAAAUGAUUCAAGAAUGUGUGGAUCGUCCCUCCGUCGCUCCACCAUUCACACUGCUAUGGUAUAUCGGAGAAAUCGUAUACGCAGUCAUACACCGCCUUCUGGGCCUUUGUCCAGGAAUGGACGAUUUUGAGCCGGAGAUUGCCGACGACCCUUUCUGCAGAAACUUUCGUGGAAACCAUUCACUGGAAUCAAAAUUGAUGAAGUGGGAGUUUAUGAAGGCGCAGAGCGUGCUGCGCUCGCAGAUGGAUUCCGAACUGCCGGUCUCACGACGGAGCGAGGCAGCGUGGUCGACCGUCAUCACAACACGGGGUGUAAAGGGAGCCGCUGGAAGCAUCAGUGCGAGGAGCGGGGCAGGGGUCGCUCCGGUGGGUGCUGGAGGGAAGCGCAGUAAUGCACUUCUUAGUGACCGUCUCCUCGAGGACAUGUCCUCCAUCUUCGGCUCUGACUCCGAUUUCAUUGAAGAGAAGUUCUAUACACUCAGCUCACAGGUUGAGAAAAUCCCCAACUUUGAGAACCGCCUCGACCGUAUCAUCGGCAUGGUGAAGCGUAUCACCAUAGGUUUGAAAAGGCUUCAAAAGAGCCAAAAUCAAACUAUGAAAUUUCUUGAUGACUCGGGAGGAGGACGGCUGGUUGGUGCACGGAAGAGCACCACCCCAAGACUACAGUCUGCUUCCCGUGGCAUCGGCAAAGCAAUAAAAGAAGCGGUGGAAGGCCUGUCUAAACAUUGUCAGGAUAUUGAAGAAAAGAUGAAGGAAAAAUUGCGCAUCGAAAGUCUCUGUGUGAAGGCUGUGUUAACUAAUGCCGACCCCUCAGAGAUACCGUUUGACAGCGUGGCAGUACCACCGUUGGUUCAGCCUGGCCCACCUUCCCGACGACCUGAGGCGAUGCCACCGACAGCGAGCAUUUACGAGCGUCUCAUCGCUAGCCAUCGCCUCUGGCGCCUCGUUCCCUUCAACUUUGAACGGCGCCCCGGCAUGAGAGUGAACAUUCCCGAUGGCAUGGUCGACUGGAAGGUUCCUUAUCCAGAAUACAGGCCUUUUAUUGCAAAUGCUGAUAGAAUCGCCUAUCCAUAUCCCGAGAUCGAGGACGGUCCUGAAGUCGAUCCAACCAAACUGCAUUACAACACCUACGAUGCACCGCAGGGUGUGUCGCGCUGCUGUCUUAAGGGGCGGGUGCGUGUGUCGCGUGGGCCUUCAGAACCUCGCGGCCUCCCUCUCAAUCCCCGAGGCCGUUCGGGCCUGGGAGGAAAGGGCAUGCUCCCGCACUGGGGUCCCAAUCAUGUCAUUAUUCUCGCUUUUACGCGAUCUGGUACAUCUCCGGCUGAUUUCCAGGUGGCAGUUCUUGACAGGCAUCAGUGCUCCUGCCUCCCGUGGGCAUACCAUCGGGAAUCAUGCGACUUUCGCGGUUGUGCUGCUAAAGUUAUGCGCGACUUUUUGCUGCAAAGAACCACUAGUCUUUAUAGCAAUGCAAACUCCGAACUUGAAUCAAUCAAAGAUACAUUGAUUUACUCUAUAAAUGAAAUGGAAAUAUCUCUGAUUAGUGAUGACUUCUUGGAUGACCAUUUGAAUGCAGAUCACGCUUGGAUUGAAGCAGUGUGCAUUAACUUCCAUAGCAAAGGCCAAGCUCCUUUUCACACAGACGCAACAAAGCUCUUCCUGGAGGAUUCAAAGGUUGAGUCAGCACGUUGGUAUGAUUUUAAAGGACCCAUUAAUCUGCGAUCCAGCCAUGAGUCACUUUUGAUUGAGUUGCUGCAACAUCAUGGCAAAGUCUAG